AAAGAGUGUACAAGGGUUGAGAAAGGUCGUGCGUAGCUUCUCAAGGCAGAGUGAAUGGCUUUUCCGAAAACAACACUCCAUUUCUCCGUAUACGAGGCGAUUGAAGUAAAUAACACGACCCGCACACACCGAAUUAAACGCCCGAGUGUGGCCGCCAAACAAUUGUCACCACAUUCGUUGGGUGGUUCCGGAAAAAGGUUGUUUACCUUCUAGCGAUAUAAAACAUCCCGCUGGCUGGAGCUCUCAUGCUAAACUGGUUUUGGACUUUGUGACAAGAGGCUACACAGGUGAACGAGCUACGAUGGCACGCUGGGUUUUCGCAACACUCGCAAUGGUCUUCUUUGGGGCCUUGGAGGCCCAAGACCUCUGCAAUCUUCAGAGCUGCGGAGGUAGGCAAAAUGUAGGUUGUAAUCCUCCGCCACUGACCGGAGGUCCAUCUUGCGCCGGCAAAAGUGCAAGUGUCAUCACGAUUGAUGACGCGUUGAAGAAUCUAAUCCUGGACCGACACAACAGCCUCCGAUCGCAGCUGGCUUCGGGUAACCUGACCGGGUUUAAGGCAGCCGUCCGCAUGCCGACGCUGGUCUGGGACGCAUCUCUGGCCACUCAGGCCGGGAACAAUGCUCGAUCCUGUAAUUAUGCCCACGACGCAUGCCGCAACACGGCGACUUAUGCUUGGGCGGGACAAAACCUGGCGAUGAAGUGGUACUACGGUAUGACCAUCAGUAACCAGGACCUCGCUAAGAGUGCCAUCGAUAGCUGGUGGAGUGAGUAUAACGUAACAACGCAGGCCCAAAUCGAUAGCUACCCGUCCACUAGCGUCAAUCCACCUAUUGGACACUUCACGCAGAUGGCCAGCGAUCGGACAUCCACGAUUGGGUGCGCUAUGCAGAAGUGGUUGGAUGGCCAGUAUACGUCCGUCUACACGGUUUGCGACUACUCGGUGACCAACGUCGUCAGCACGGCGGUCUACAAGACGGGAACCAGUGCUUCGAAGUGUACCAACAAAAACACCCAAUAUCCAGGACUGUGCGCCAUCGGUGAGAAUGUUCCCGCGACACCGAAUUAGGAAAGAAUAGUGCAUUGCGAGUUAUCGAUCGGGUUCGGCAUUUAACUACGUUUGAAGUAAUAAAAGUAAC